GGGGGCUCCUGGGCCGCCUGGAUGCCGCCGGCGGUGGCGGGGCUGGAGGGGACGUGCGUGGUGCUGCCGUGCCGCUUCGAGUACCCCGAGGAGCUGCGCCCCGCCGCCGUGCACGGCCUCUGGUACUUCGGCAGCCCCUACCCCAAAAGCUACCCCCCCGUGGUGGCCCGCUCACGCCCCGCCGCCGUCCACGAGAGCUUCGCGGGGCGCGCGGAGCUUUUGGGGGACCCGGGGCUGCGCGACUGCUCGCUGCGGCUCUCGCGGCUCAGCCCCGAGCUGGCCGGCAAGUAUUACUUCCGCGGGGACCUGGGGGGGUACAACCAGUACAGCUUCUCCGAGCACACCACGCUGGAGGUGCUGGCCCGCCCGGUGCUGGAGGUGCCCCCCGAGGUGGUGGCGGGCGCCGAGGUGGAGCUGCGCUGCCGCGUCCCCGACAACUGCCCCGAGCUGCCCCCGCUGCUGGGCUGGGCGGGCGCCGAGGGGCUGCCGGGGGCGGCGGGGCGCGAGGUGCGCGAGGAUUCGGGGGGCGCCCGCGUCCUCCUCGGCCUCCUCCGCUUCCGCCCCCGGCGCGAGGACGGCGGCCGGCGCCUGGGCUGCAGCGUGGCCUUCGCCAACGCCUCGCUCGCCUUCGAGGCCAGCGUCGCCCUCGACGUGCAGUACGAGCCGCAGGUGGUGGGGCUGUGGGGGCCGUCGGAGGUGGUGGAGGGGGCGCGGGUGGAGCUGGGCUGCGAGGCCGAGGGGCGGCCGCUGCCGCUGCUCUCGUGGUUCCGGGGGGCCGCGGUGCUGCGCGAGGAGCCGGCGGCCGCCCUGCGCCUGCUGCUGCCCCGCGUCGCCCCCGCACACGCCGGCGCCUACAGCUGCGUGGCCGAGAACCGCCACGGCCGCCACAACCGCACGCUGCUGCUGCGCGUCGCCUACGCCCCGCGGGCGCCGGUGGUGAACGGGACGCUGUGGGUGGUGGCCGGGGAGCCGGUGACGGUGACGUGCGGGGCCGACAGCGACCCGGCGCCCAUCGUGACGGUGCUGCGGGGCCGGCGCGCGGUGGCGGCGGCCGUCUACGAGCCGCAGGUGACGCUGGCGCUGCCGGCCGCCCGGCCCGAGGACGCGGGCGAGUACGUGUGCGUGGCCGAGAACCAGCACGGGCAGCGCAGCACCGCCUUCAACAUCACCGUCGAGU